AGCCCGGCGCAAUUAGCAUGCGAGGGCAGACUUGCUGUUGCCAAGGAACCACUCUCCUUAGCAGACCUUCAGCCUCACCGCCCCCCCCCCCCGGCCGCCUUCUCGCCCCAAUCUCAAUUCGCAUCCGAGAACCAGGAAGGAGAAGGAGGAAACACACCCAGGAUUGGCCUCCUGUGUUAGAAGCCUGGCAGCCGGUUCAGCUUCUCCGGCUUGGGCGCUGUAAAGAUGGGGGAAGAGGCGAGCAAAGGCUUCGGUCGAUGCUCCUGAGCCGAGUCCGGGUCACAGUCUGGAGCAGGAGCCGCUGGCUUUGCAGAGACACCCGCUCGGUGCAAGUUGCGUGGAGGGAGCAGGUAAAUGUUGAAGACACUGUCGAAAUGUUACCCAAGUCCCGGCGAGCGCUCACCAUCCAAGAAAUCGCGGCCCUCGCCCGGUCCUCAUUACACGGUAUUUCACAGGUGGUGAAGGAUCAUGUGACCAAGCCCACGGCCAUGGCUCAAGGCAGGGUGGCCCACCUCAUCGAGUGGAAGGGCUGGUGCAAGCCCAUGGACUCGCCGGUGGCUCUGGAGAGCACGUUCAACUCCUAUUCGGACCUCAGCGAAGGAGAGCAGGAGGCCAGGUUUGCUGCAGGUGUGGCCGAACAAUUUGCCAUUGCCGAAGCCAAGCUGAGGGCGUGGUCUUCGGUGGAUGGCGAUGAUUCCAACGACGAGUUCUACGAUGAAGAUUUUGCCACUUCCACCGACACAACACAACCAGCUGAUGCCGCGAGCCAGCUGCCCCCCAGCACCCUGCUGAAGGGUUUCCUGCACAGCCGCUUGUGCCAGCUGAAUGCCCGCCAAGGCUCCUGCGACCCAGAGAGCGACUCCUCCCAGACCACCAUCUCUCCGGAGACCUUGUGCUCCAGCCUCUGCAGCCUGGAGGACAGCCUCCUCCUCAAGGAGCUGGGCUCGCCCUCAGAACUGGCCGCCAAGCUGCUGGGCUCCAUGUCGGGCGAGGAGGAGCUCCUCCUCUCCAAGUUGCCCCCACAGACAGCCGGGGAAUGUGCCUUCCGGAGCCUGGCGCAGCUCGAGUGCCUGGACUCAAUGUACUCCAUGUCCUUCACCGAGUCCUGCCUCUCGCCCACCGAAGACGAGGGCAUCCCCUGCAAGGACUACAAGGGUCACGAGGACAGCUGCCAGGUCCGGAGGAAAGUGUCCGAUGUGGCCUCUUCAGGCGUGGUCUCCCUCGAUGACAACGAAGAGGAGGAGGAAGAGCAAGAGGAAGACACCGGCGAGCAGUGAGGCCCGCUCUCGCCGUGGCAUGCUUCACCUGCCAUUUUUCUGUCCUGCUCCGUGGCAUCCGCCCUCGACCGUGCUCCGUGGCCCGCCAGUCGUCUUGGAGCGGGGGUUCCCCCUUCCCUCACCGGGUGGCGGCCUGGCUGCCUGCAGGGCAGGGGGGAGGUGGGGUGGUAAGCCGACCAGCGCCCCCCCUGCCCUGCCCUGCCCUCCUGCCUUCACCUCCACUGUGCCAUCUGAUCCAACCAUUGAAGCCUGAGGGGGGGGGCCCUCUCCCACGUGUGGCUCCGUGGAUUUUGCCUGUUGCAUUUUCUCUCUCUUUCUCUCUCGUGGUCUGUUUCGUUUUCUUUGCAUGAGAAUGUCUUGGGGGUGGGGGUGGGGGAAAGA